AUGAAUGUCAUUUAUCGGCGUCGCCACAAAGAAGAUUUUUGGCAAAGAGACGAUUUGGUUGGUACAGGAACGGAAAUUAGUGACGAAAUUCUUAAUAAUGUUGCUACUCGGGGAGGUGAAGAUGAUGCUCAAUUGAAGGUUGAAAUAACAGAACAUUGCAGGACUGAAACGAGUGGUGCUCAUUUAAUUCAACAGACUUGGGAAGCUACUUGGACAGUCCAAACAUUCCAUUCACUUCCAGAUUGGCUACAAGACAACGAUUUUUUGCAUACCGGUCACCGCCCUCCUUUGCCCAGUUUUGCGGCGUGUUUCAAAUCAAUUUGGUCACUUCAUACCGAAACGGGAAAUAUUUGGACUCAUUUAGUUGGCUGUUUGGCAUUUUUCUUUCUCGCCCUAUGGUUCCUAACACGUCCAGAGACUCAUAUACAAUUUCAGGAAAAAUUGGUUUUUUCUUUCUUUUUUGCUGGUGCCAUUCUUUGUCUAGGACUUUCUUUUACAUUCCACACAGUUUCUUGUCAUUCAAAAUAUGUUGUGCGGAUAUUUAGCAGACUCGACUACAUGGGCAUUUCCUUAUUAAUUGUUGGCUCGUUCAUUCCUUGGAUUUAUUAUGGAUUUUAUUGUAGAAGAGAACCAAAAAUUAGUUAUAUUGCGAUGAUUGGUGUUCUUGGCCUAUCCGCUAUUGUAGUCUCUCUGUGGGAUAAAUUUAACGACAAAAGAUACAGACCUAUGCGUGCAGGAAUAUUUUCAUUUAUGGGCUGUAGCGGAGUAGUUCCAACAAUUCAUUUUGCAUACACUGAUGGAAUGCAUCGAUUAAUUGAAGAUAAUAGUUUUUAUUGGCUUAUAGCAAUGGCUUUGCUUUAUUUAUUUGGGGUUGUACUUUAUGCUACUAGAACGCCUGAACGAUUCUUUCCUGGAAAAUGCGACUUGGUUUUCCAGUCCCAUCAGCUUUUCCAUCUCUGCGUUGUCUGUGCUGCUUUUGCUCAUUAUUAUGGAAUUUCUAAUAUGGCAAUGAAAAGACUGACAGGUACAUGUCCUGGCCACCACGACUCAGUGGCAUCUGUUGUACAACACAAUGAACUUUAG